GUGUAAAGGCAAGCUGCCAAUCAUGCAUUCGCUUGGCUCUGUUCAAGGCACCCGCGCUGUACCUGACUGUCGCGUUGUUUAGGACAGAGCGCUUUAAACUGUCCACCAAUAGUGAACUUGGGUCACCAAGGCAUUUAUAAUCCAUAUCCAGCAUUUGUUCACGCACAACUGGUGCGAGGCAUUGGAAAACCUCCCUGGUCUUUGUGGUUGAAUCUGUGCUUGAAAUUCCCAGUGCGACUGACGGACCUUACAGAUAAAUGGUUGGUAUGGAAGAGGCAGACCUGGUCAAGGAGCGGCUCCAAGCCAUAACGGAUAAGAGGAAAGUCCAAGAGGACAUUGCUCAUAAAAAGCUGGAGAUUGACAAGGAGAAAUUAAAGCUUCAGCACUUAAAGAAAAAGUCCUUGAGAGAGCAAUGGCUCAUGGAUGGAGCAGCCAUCAUGAGCCCACAGCAGAGAGAGACUUUGAGGGGAGAUCAACAACAAACUAAGCUCCUCCAGACCAGCAUCCACAGGAUUGAGAAAGAGAUUGAGGCUAUGGAGAGGGAAGAGACGAUGAUAUCAAAAAAUGAGGGCUUCAUACUGAAGAGACUGAAGGCUAUUGAGAAAACCCCUGAGGAGAUAAUAAAGGAGGCAAAUGAGAAUUUCAAAGAAGAGCCAAUCUAUAUUUCCCCAGCUACUCUAGAUGUCCCAAAGUUCUACAAGCCUCAAAUUUCAAGGAAGCAGUCCUUUAAAUUUAAUAAGGACACACCCAAAAAAACCAUGUUUGCAAUGGAGAUCAACGUCCAGAAGGACCUCCGUACCGGGGAGAGCCGGGUCCUGUCUACAUCCACCGUCACCCCCCAGGAGCUCCAGCAGAGAGGGGUUAAAGUCUAUGACGACGGCCGUAAGACCGUCUAUGCCCUGCAGUCUGAUGGGUCUCACCUGGGGAAUGGAGUGGAUGAGCUCAGCCCUAUAGAGGUGGAGGAGCUGCUGCGAGCAGCCACAGAACAGAAGAAGUCUCAGAGAGGACCUCGGGGCCACCAGGCCCAUCAGGAAUCAGCACCUGCAUUCUCCCCCAACUAUAGCCCUCGGGGCCACCAGGAACCAGUGCCUGUAAUUUCCCCCAACUGUGGCCCUCGGGGCCACCAGGAACCAGUGCCUGCAUUCUCCCCCAACUGUGGCCCUCGUGGCCACCAGGAAGCAGUGCCUGCAUUCUCCCCCAACUAUAGCCCUCGGGGCCACCAGGAACCAGUGCCUGCAUUCUCCCCAAACUGUGGGCCUCGUGGCCACCAGGAACCAGUGCCUGUAAUUUCCCCCAACUGUGGCCCUCGUGGCCACCAGGAGCUCAGCCCUAUGGAGGUGGAGAAGCUGCUCCGAAAGGCUAUAGUGCAGAAGAUGCCUCAAAGCGGAGCUUUCCCACAGGACCAUCAGGUUCACCAGGAAUCAGUGCCUGCAUUCUCCACCACCUCCGGCAGGAGUGCCUCAGCCUCUAACAGGCCCCAACAGAGUCAUGCUAAAGUCCUCCAAGGAACCAAUGGGAAUGGGUAUCAGCAGGAGUUGUAUGAGCAUGACGUCCUCUCCAGGAAGGAGCUCCACUACAUUGAUGGAGUCCACUACUCAGGGCCGGAGAGUCUCUCCUCCUCCCCUCACAUUCCAGUCCCAUCUUUCAUCUGCAGGAAGGACGAGGAGUACUACCAGCCAACCAACGGGUACAACCAGAACCCUUUCUCCUAUGGCGGGGAGUUUCACGCCACCCACAACUCCUACCAUAGCCAUAGAGAGAGCCAGCAAGGCGGGAUGUUUUACAACUCGUUGGCUAAAAAGGACCAGAAACCAUCUCCGAUCUACCAGGAAGACUUGCACUUCAGUAUCCUGAACGCCAUAGACACAUCUGAGCCUAUCACUGCGAUCUUUAUGGGCUACCAAACCGCCAAGGAUGACAGUGGACGUGGUCUGGGCUACGAAGGGUCCAUCCGGGCUGAGCUUGUCGUCAUUGGCGAUGAGGAUGGGGUGGACGAGAGUAACCCUCAGCUUAACACCUACAACCCGGAUGGAUGCAACAACUGGGGUUAUCAUCACUCUCAACCUCAACAGAAAUUAAUACAGUACAUUGCAGAGCCCACCGCUAAUAUUAACGCUAACAAUGCGUCACCGUACACAGCGUCAAAGAAGUUGGUCUACCCUGGUCAACAGGCCAAAGAGGCAUGCUACCCAUAUUCAGACGGACAGUUGGACGGGACAGAGAAGCACCCAGCCCCAAGUAUCAGAAAGAUUCAGAAGAGAAAAAAGCCAUGCUGCAUGCUCAUCUUCAAGUACGUGUAUGGAGAACCCGGAACAGUUUGUGUAGAAAUACUCCAUGCAAGACUCAUCAACCCUUCAAGUUCCAUGACGAGAAGGAAGAAACACAUGUUUGCGCAACACAUUCGACGAACACCGAGCACACUUCUGUGAGGCCAUCAACUUUAUAUUUGGAUUCAAAAUAUAAUUCUCAAUACAAGGUUCUGUUUAAAAGUGUAAACCAUGUUUGCUCAUAAUGUUUCCUUACACAGAGUAUUAGAGCUUAAAAUAUACCAAUGAUGUCAUUUCGAGAAGGAACAACCAGUCUAAAACAGACUUUUGAAGGGAAUCGCUGAUCUUAAAUGAAAUAUCUGCUUGUUCAAUGUUCCUGAAGAUAUCAGUGCAUUUGAUGUUUACUCUCCAGCCUUUACGCUGCUGCCAGAUAUAUUUUCCUCCUCUACUGUAGGCUACUAGCCAGCACUUUUGAUAUAUUAAUAAACCUUUUUAGAGUGCCUUAAUGUAAUUUGCUGUUGAAACUGUAACCUGCUUGUGUAUUGGUAUAAGAAAGUCAUGCUAACAAAAUCAUUAAAAAGCUAAUUGUCACACAA